CGCUGAUUCUCAGUUUUUGGUGCUGCUGAGUGAUGAUCAGAUUUUCUGAUUUUGGCUAUGGAGUGUGAAGCGGUUCGGUUGUUAAUUUUGCUCUGUAAAUUACCGUAUUUAGCUACCGACAAAUCGUUGCGAAAUUAAGAACUGAAUGUGGAGUUGCAAAAUUUUCACAACCUUUUGUUCCCUUGUUAGUUGUCAUACCUACAACAGUCUGACAAUUGUGUCACCAUGGAGCGGUACCUCUCCGUUUCAGAAAUGCCAAUGAACAGUGUUGAUGUUUUGGGCGUCGACGGUUUGUACCGCUACGGAAGCGUGGUCGAUGUGGCUGACAAUGGACUUUUAUCGACUUGUACUGCGAAGGCCGUCGCCGCGAACUUGUCCCUUUCGAUAGCGUGUUCCGGUCCGCUUCUCCGCCUUUGACGGGAAAAGAUCUGGCGCAGAUUUUUGCAGCAGCGGAGAUAACGACCCGGGUGGAUGUUCGCAUGCGCCACAGUCCCGCCGAUCCCUGGAUUUGGUAUCCGGCUGAAGUGUUUAACCUGGCACACGGUGUGCAGCACGUGGCGUACGAUGUCGCCGUGGUUCGCUGGUGCAAUAAAGAAGCUUGCACGGAUAUUGUUCCUGUUGAGCGAAUUCGCCGGAGCGUCUGGUCCUCGGAUUUGUCGCAGGUUGGAGCUGCUGGAGCGAAGAACAGGGUUCCCGUGAGCAAAUGGACUUUUGUAAAGGGCAGCGCGCCGUUGCACGCGUUUGGCUUCUAUUUCGCCAGCAGCCGCCCAAAAACUAGUGCGGAAACUAAAUGAACUCAGAUACCUUUGGGAUAACGAUUCCCGGCCCAUCCUAGUCAUCGAAGCGAAAGAUGGGCAACUGUUCUAUUUAGAGAAGCGGUCUUCCGAAUAUGAGCUAGAUGCGGAUGCGCCAUGUUUUGACGAAUGCUGGACAGAUUAUGAAGGAACUGAUUACACAUUCAGCGCAGAAGACCAUGAUAUGAAGGAGAGCGUUACGGAUGAAACCGGCAAUAAAACAAUGGAUGACGGUGACAUUAGCGCUUUGACAACAAACGUGUUGCUGGAGAUCUUCUCGCAUCUGAGUACAGUGACGCAGAUUUUACUACGCAAAGUCUGCGCAGCAUGGAACUAUAUUAUUACGGAGCUGACCACUUGCAUUAUCAUAGGAGGGCAAGAUGAUGAUACGGAUGAACUGUAUAGCGACUACAUUUUGACGGCACCAGUCUUCAAGUGUCUGCGCGUGUCGACAAGAUAUAUCGUCGUCGACUGUCGCGAGUUGCUGCUGGAGGGAGAUGAUUUCUUGAAGGUGUUCCAGAUGAUCCACUAUAUUGCGCAACAGCGGGAAAAGAUACACUUGAGCACCAUCUUUCUAUUGGGUCUUAAAGGGUCCCUCCUGGGCGUCAGAACCGACUGCGGUAACCAGUACACCGGUGAACAGCAUCCGGCUUAUAAAGCGUGGAAAAAAGGGGCACGGGAAGCUGGACAUGUCAGCCUCCGUGAUUUCACGGCGACAUGCCGGGAGCUCCCGUGUCACUCUCUCCAACUCAUCGGUUGUAAAUUCAACCUGAAACUGACCGCUGUCUAUCUGUCAACGCGGCUUGCUCUAGCCCGCGGCGGCUCUCUACCGCAUCUUAAAAUCACGAUCUCCAGGGAACGAUUGCAGCGGAGCAGCGACUACGAUCUGGGCUGCGCCAUGUGGGAUGCGCUGGAGAGUGGUUUGCCGGUAGCCAGUGACAAGGAACAACAGCAUUUGUCGCGAUGGUUGGCAGCUGUGUUUGCCGGACAGGUAGCCGAGCACCAUAUUGAGCCCUGUUGCACGGUUUUGUGUGGAACGCAGUCCGUGGAUUCGCGUCCGCGAUCACAUUGGUGUGAGAAGAAAUGGUGCGUUGACGGUCUGGCUGGUCUGCGGUUGGACAAGUUGUCUCGCAUUGCCUUGCUGUCGUUGAUGAAGGUGGCCAAAUACUUUUCGCCCGAUGUAUGAGCUUUUAGCUACAGCGAGGUAAAGAAAUGUAAGCAUUUGAACAUGUUGUUUUAUAAGAAAAAGGCUAUGAGAAGGAUCAAUGACCAUACCACCAGCAUAAAAAACUUUAUUCUUACAUAAUAAGUGUUGCCUUUUUUGCGUGCCUAAAGACAGGCCUUUAAGCUUGGCGUUCCUUCAUUUCAUCGAUUCUAUUGCUACUAGCUGAAAAUGUUUUAGCUUUCUUUACAAUUGUGCACUACUUAAACAGUAUUUACUUGACUGUUUCUACGUAUUAUGUGCUACCUAGUUUGCGUUUUCCAGUUUUUGCUGCAUUUUUUGUUGGGUGAGUGGAUCCAUUGUAUUUAUUAAGAAGUAGUUUUACUUUUCAGCUGCAGAAUACAUUUGUUACAGUCAAGCGUUA